AUGAAGGAUCACACCAUAGCAGAAUACUUAAUGGUGAUUAGAUCGCUUGUGGAUCACAUAGCUGUUGCAAGUUCUCAGUUAGAUGCUGAAGAGGUUAUCCUCUACAUCCUCAAUGGCAUGCCACCAUCCUACAAUGCUUUUAAAAUAGUUUUUCACACAUCUCUUCAGCUGAUUGCACUUGAUAAUCUCUAUUCUUUUCUCUGUAGUGAGGAGGUAAAUAUUAACAAUGACAUCUCUAUGCAUCAACCACAAACCGAGUCACCCAUAGCACUUGCAGCAUCAAGAGGAUGCCAGUUCACUAGAUCAAAGGGCAGAGGAAGAAUGACUCAAUCAAAUCAAAGAGGAGGUCAUGGUGGGGAAGCAAGUGGGGGAAGAACUACUCCUAAAUCCAACAUCACUUGCCAAAUCUGUCAUAAGACGGGGCACUCGUCAGCUAGUUGCUGA